AUGGAUAAGUCAUGGAUUACUAAGCCCCUACCAUCGAUUGCGUAUCAACAAGGGAUAAAAGAAUUUAUCGGUUUUUCAUUUAAAGUUGGUCACAAUUUCCGCAGGGAUACACCAUGUGGAUUCAUCAUGGAGUCUUUUGUACGACCUAGUACUAUCUCCCCUAGUACUAUUCCAAAUAUGGUUGAAGAUAUUAUCAUUGUCGAAGAUCCUAUUCAGAACAUGAUCAACGAUGCAUUUGGAGUUGAUAGGAAUCAUGCAAAUAAAAUACCAUAUGCGUCAAAUUUGGAGAUUGACCAAGAAGAUUAUGCAAUGCCAAGUGCAACUCAGGAAAGAAACGAAGCCAAGGAGUACUAUGAAUUGGCUAGAGAAGGAGAACAACCUUUAUAUGAAUGGUGUAGACGAUAUCCAAGACUAUCUUUUUUGGUUAAGUUGUACCAUAUAAAGUGUUUAUGUGGAUUGAGUGAGAAGGCAAUGACAACGAUUUUAGAGUUAAUAAAAGAUGCAUUUGAAUAUGAAAACAUUCCAAGUUCGUUCUAUGAAGCUAAGAAAUCAAUCACAAAACUUGGUUUGAAUUAUGUAAAGAUAUUUGCAUGUCCAAACGAUUGUUUGGGUGCACUUUCUGGGUGGAACACAUACACUGGACUUGCUUGCCCAUCAUGUAACUUUCAAACUACACCUCUCCGUCUUAAAGCUAGUCGUAAAUGGUGUUUUAUGGGUCAUCACCGUUUCCUUGAUCGGAGACACAGGUUUAGAUUGAACAGGAAUCACUUUAAUGGUGAACAAGAAAUGCAGAGUCCACCGAGAACAUUAUCUGGACAUGAAGUUUUUGAACAGGUUAAAGAUGUCGAAGUCAUCUUUGGUAAAAAGCUAGUGAAAGAAAAAUCGGUAAAAAGAACACAUGAGGGACAACUUAUAGAAGGUGAUAGUACAGAGGGUUGUCCUACACAAGAAAUUAAACUUGGAGAUCCUAUUCAUUAUCGAUGGAUGUAUCCUAUUGAAAGGUACUUGGGAAAACUUAAAUCACAUGUACGUCAUAAGGCAAAACUAGAAGGGUCUAUUGCGGAAGGGUACCGUUCACGUGUAGCAGAAUUGUUUCCUAGAGUUGGAAAACUUGUGGGUGGAUCUUCGUAUUACACCCUAACACCAAUUGAAAAGUUGCAGGCUCAUAGACACGUUUUAACGAAUUGUCCAAUAGUAGACGACUAUCUAAAGCAGUUUCGAAGUAUUACUCACAACCAAAUGAGGCACAGUCAAAGAAGUGCUGCUGAGAUAGACAAGAAGGUUCAUAGAGAGUUUGCUCAUUGGUUCCGCAAUCGUAUUUGCAACAAUCAUGACAUCAUUCAUGAACCAGAUAAAGAUGUUUUCAUUAGUCUUGCUCAUGGCCCUUUUGAUAAAGUUAAAAGAUUUAUCGCGUUCAAUAUCAAUGGAUUCAAGUUUUGA